UUUAACACAUUUCCCUCACAUGUCUUGGGAUAACAGUGGCUACAGAGUUUAUUAUUGCUUCUUUAAAGUCUCGAUUUCUAGCGCCAGGCUUUUUAAAGAGUUUGGUUUGUUUCGGUUGACGUAAUUUCCUCUGUUUCACCUCUUCAGCUGUAACACGAGGAGCCUUUUUUUAAGAAAAGAAAAAUGAAACCUGAUGAGGACAUAUCUGCACGGUUUCUGCUGGACGCGUCUCUGCUGUACGAGGAGAAAUGCCCGGAGCUGUCACGGUUCCUCCUACAGCUGCCCUUCAAGAUUAAAGGAGUACAGAAAAAAAGCCAGGACCCUCUCUCCAGAUUGUUGAGCGCCUCAGUGUGUCAGUACUGUUACCAGUGGCUGAAGCCCGACAAUCACCGGGUGCGGCUGCGGCCAAAGCGCCGUCCGUCGGCAGGGGUGCAGCGAGUCCUGCUCAGGAAGGCCAGAGGGAAACGGCUGAGCCUGGUACAAAGAAAGCUGCUGCUCCGCUUCCAAAAGUCUCCUUCGGUGCUGAUGGCCACCUGCCACGCUUGCAACAAGACAUCCAUUCACAAAGGCGUGAACAGAGAUUUUAUAGCCAGCUUCGCCAAGACCCACAGCACACCAGGGAGCGCUGGCAAAUACAGGACCCCCCAGCCCGGCAGCAGGUCCAACACGACCACGCCCAAGACCUCAGGCAAAGAUAAGACACCAUCGAGUACACCGAGGUCUUCCAUUACUUCCACCAUUUCAGGGUCAAGUUCUUCUUCCUCCAAGUCUUCUUCUAAAUCCAAAAACUGGGUCGUUCAGCGUCUCAGCAAGAUCCUCACGCGCGAGGACAGCCAGGGCAAAAAGAAGGGGGGCUUGAAGGACUUCCUCUCCUCGCUUUGAGGGCCUCGCCUCACGUUCCGUCUCUACUCGCGAUCUUAAACAACAAGAGGGACCAAAGUUCCGACCUGCACCAGAGGAACUUCGCUGGUUUCAGCUCCCGGACCGACGUGGCAAGGGUCAGCGUUGCUGGGCUGAUUGGGCGGCGGCUCCUGAACGUCCCGACAUUCGUAACUGGGAGCAUUGAGCUUUUAAUCGGUUCCCGCACAUUCUGCUGCGUCAGGCGAAGGGGAAAUGCUUCUUGGAAACUCCUAAAGUGGAGUUGGUUCUCUUACGAUGCCUCUACUAUUUUUAGGGCAUGUCCAGCAUAACAAGCUGGUUUACGCUCCAAUUUCCUUUUGAUUUUUCUACACCGACACAUGUACGACAUAACUAAGUUAUUGAUAAACUCUUAUCUUAUGUCACCCGGUUAGAGAGAUGAUGGUAUAAAAGCAUUUGUAAUGGCAUAGCCACGCUGAUGGGUGAUGUCUGUGUCUCUGUGUAUCUUGCCAAGGCAGUUUUGUAAAUGUAUAUACAUUUUUGAAAAGUGUAAGUCACCAAUUCAUAACUUUAACUGAGAAAGAGAUCUACUGCUUGUUGUUUACGUAUUUCAGGCACACCGGCCUAUAAUCUGUACAGAAAACUGUUUUUUUUAUCUUCUGAACUGAAUAUUAUUGAGACUCUUUGAUAACUUCUUUGACUAAAUGCAGUAAGUUACUCUUCUAAAGGUUUUCAGUGAAUCUCGUUCAGUUUUGUGCUGACUGACGGAUUUCUUACUCUAUUGUGGAAAUAGUUUCUGAAAUACCUCACAUUUAUAUUCAAGUUUUGAUUCUGAAAUUAAACCUUUCCAAUGUUAAAAGAA